AUGUGGACCUCUAACAACCCAAAGUUGCUGCUCCUUACGAUAUCAGGACUCCUCACCACAGCGGUCGUCAAUGCGCAAAACUCCUCCUGUCGAGGCUUUUUCGACGAAUUCACGGCCGUGAACUCAACCGGCCAGCACGAAUUUACUUGGAACUCCUCCUACGCCGGCGACGACCCGUGGUAUGUCUCUGUCAUCGUCGGAUCUCGCUAUGACGAUGUCAGAGGACAUGUUUACAUCUCCGUACCUGGAAACGUGCCCAACGGUACCGAGCUCUGCAAGUAUCAGUACAGCAACAUCAAUGCGACGUUAGAAGCCGGAGGGGAGAAUAGCUGUAGCGGUGUGAUCAGCUCCGACUGCAUGGACCACCUAAACAAGGCACUUAGUGAUACCUCUGGUGCCUCGAAUUACUGUCCUAGUAAAGAUACUUCGUCCGUAUCAGAUGAGUUCAAGAAGGCGUGUCCAAUGUUGAGUGGCGGUUCACACAUUCGCACAGACACAGUCCGUCAAGACGUGACCAACAGCACGUGCGCCUACAACAACAUGCCCGAGGAGGUGCAAAUUCCAGACAAUUACAACACGUUCGGGACAAAUGCAGGCGUCAGCCCGUCCGAUAACUUCUACGCCCCUGCGAAUGAGACGUAUGAUCUCUUAGUGCGCCAGACGAUUCCAGUCGUGCUACUGGGACGAUUUGUUGACCCAGACUCGAAUCUGGUGCAGACCAGCGUCGAGUUCGUGUGUAUGAAUGCGAACGACACCGUGGAGGGAAGCCGUGUACCGGAGGAGCAGACGCCGUGGGAUAGUGCUGGGGCUGAUAUCAGUGCUAGGAUGGUGGGAUGGGCGGCCGGUGUGAUGACAGCGGUGAUGCUGGUGUUGUAA